AUGGUUGCGCUGGUGGUGGUUGGGCUGGUGGUUGCGCUGGUGGUUGUGCUGGUGGUUGUGCUGGUGGUUGUGCUGGUGUCUGUGCUGGUGGUCGUGCGGGUGGUUGUGCGGGUGGCUGUGCGGGUGGUUGUGCUGGUGGUCACGCUGGUGAUUGUGCCUGUAGUGGUUGUGCGGGUGGUUGUGCUGGCGGUUGUGUUGGCGGUUGUGCGGGCAGUCGUGCGGGUGGUUGUGCAGGUGGUUGUUCGAGUGGUUGUGCUGGUGGUUGUGCUGGUGGCUGUGCCUGUGGUUGUGCUUGUGGUUCUGAUAGUGGUGGUUGUGCGGUUGGUUGUGCUGGCGGCUGUGCUAAUUCUUGUGCUGGUGGUCAUGCGGGUCGUAGUGCGGAUGAUGGUGCUGGUUGUUGUGCUGGCAAUCGUCGUGGUGGUUGCGAGGGUGGCUGUGCGGGUGGUCGUGCUGGUGGCUGUGCGGGUGGUUGUUCUGGUGGUGGUGCGGGUGAUUGUGUGGGUGGUUGUGCAUGCGGUGAUUGUGCGGAUGGUUGUGCGGUUGGUUGUGCUGGCGGUCGUGCUAGUGGCAAUUGAGCUGGUGGUUGUGCGGGUGGUUGCGCUGGUGGUGGUUAAGCUGGUGGUUGUGCUGGUGGUUGUGAUGGUGGUGAUGCUGGUGGUAGUGCGGGUGGUUGAACCGGUGGUUGUGCGAGUGGUUGUGCUGGUGGUUGCGCUGCUGGUGGUUGUGCUUGUGGUAACGCUCGUGGUGGUUGUGCGGGUGGUUGUGCGUGUGGUUGUCCUGGUGAUUGUGCUGGUGGUUGUGCUGGAGGUUGCGCGGGUGGUCGUGCUGGUGGUUCUGCUGGUGGUUCAUCGGGUGUUUGUGCUGGAGGUGGCGUUCGUGAUUGCAAGGGUGGUUGUGCUGGAAGCUGUGCUGGUGGUUGUGCGGAUGAUUGUGCUG